CCAUUGGAAAACUCAGCAGAUUCAGAAGGAAGUGCAACUCUUUCUUUGUGGAAUUUCUCUUGAAGUGCUGUGUUAACAGCAAACAUAAAAUGCCUGAUAUAAUAAUUAACAUGCUGCUGGAAUUUGUUAAAAGGAACACUUCAGCACAACAAGUCAAAGUUUGCAGAAGGACGACCGAACUGUCCCCGAUUCACGAGUGCAUGGAGCCGAGCCCUGCUGUACAGUCGCUGGUGCUGAAAAUCCUUCUGAGAUGCGGAUUGGACCAAAUGAAGCCUCACCUGCAGCGGUUUAUCGAAGAGGCCGUGAAAUCAAAUGAAAAAAAUACUGACGAAUUCUACUUCAUGGUUGUUCGGAGUACAGAGGAUCAGAUUUACACCUCAGCCCAAGAAUCCCUGAUAACAAAGGCCACAGAAAGCCUUUGUUUUGACCAGGAUGUAUUUCAGCGCACAGCUUCAGAAGUGACAUAUGAAGAUCUGCACACCAUAGCCAAAAUAAGGUUUGGCAUCACAGUAGCGGCAAGUGUAAUUGAAGGUUUGGUGUCAAAAGAUGCAGAUUCACAUGGGUUGAACAAACAAGAUCUUCUACAGAUAUUGAAGGAAGUCGUACCAAGGAAUUUAUGGAUCCAGACGUUUUUGCUUCACAACCUGUACAAACUGAUUGGCUCCAGGAAUAUUCAACUCAUUCUUCAGACUGAAGACUUCAGAUGGGUUUUACCAAGUGACUUCAAAGAGAAAAAGGAGAAAUAUGCAGUGAAUUGUGAAAUGCUCAUGGUGUAUGGAGAAAUUUAUGAUAAGACCUCAUUUGGAAAUCCUAUCUCCAACACGAAAAAGGAUAUUGAUGAAAACCAGGAGAUGCUCAUUCUGUGCACAACACUGAAGGCAGUAAAGCUACAUAUUUAUGGUGAUGAUUCACUGAUCUCUGUGAUUAAAAAGCACCGCAAAACAGAUGAGAAAUGGAAGGUACCAGCGCAGAUCUGUGACAGAAUGAGUGAGGACCAUCUGAAAGGGGUGGCACAGGAGCUGGCCCUUCAUGCUUCCAGCUUGGCUCACUUGGUGCUUCAUACUGCACUGGUGGCCCACCUGUCCUCCAAGCCUGAGAUGCACCUUCUCAGAGCUCUCUGCUUCCACCCAAGCAGUGCUGAGGUUUGUGCCACAAUGCAUGUUUUACUGUUGAACAUUUGCAUAUGUGAUAUUUUGUAUUCUUUGGCAAAAAGUAUGGAAAAUAUGACAAAUAUUGGGUGGUGGCUUCUGCUGUCAGUUCCCUCAGACAGAUGAGAUGGACAGGGACGU